UCGUCAAUCCACAUAUUGAUCGUUUUUAAUUUUCUGAUAUUUUUGGUCAAUUGAUUUAAAUCGAUAUCUGUCUGGUGAUUGGUGCUCAAAACCAAUAUACAACUAUAUAUAUACAAAUGACAUUGACAGCUCAAUAUCGUCCAUAUCGAGACGAAGAAUGUACCGAUGUUGAUCAUAAUGGCUGGCCUGAACAUGAACCAGCCAUACAGAUUUAUGAAAAAACAACCGAAACCAUUCCGUAUCAUGUUUAUCGUAAUAAACGUUCAAUCAUAUUGAUUUUAUCGAUAUCGGCUUGUAUUGGAAUUUUUGGAUUUCUAAUCGGUUAUUUUAGCCAUUCAAAUCAUUUAUCUCAUACAAAUGAUUGUUUACAGACCAAGGUGAUCUCAUCAUCGUUUGAUGAAGCCAAUCUUUCAUCAUCAUCAUCAUCGCAUAUUGCAGGUGAUUCAGCAUUGAGACGAGCACAAUUAUUGGCAAGUAUUAGUUCAGAAAAUAUACGAAUAAAUGUACGAGAAUUUUCUCGGCAACCACAUUUGGCUAGUUCAAAUGAAGAUUUAGAUUUAGCAAACAAAAUUCGUGAUCAUUUUAUUCAUAAUCAUUUUGAUUAUGUUACAUUGAAAAAUUAUUCCACAUUAUUAUCGUUGCCUGAUUCGAAUAGACCAAAUUUUGUUGCAUUAGUCGAUUCAAUAUCUGGCCGUGAAAUUUAUUCAUCACUUUCAACGUCUAAUCAACAACAACAACAGCCUUUACCAUUUAGUCCUUAUUCACCAAAAGGUGAUAUAACUGGAGAGAUAUUAUUCGUUAAUUAUGGCCGUCCAGUUGAUUUUAUUCAAUUACAAAAUCUAUUUAAUACAACCAGUAAUGAAAUAUUUAAUGGAAAAAUUUUUCUUGUCAAACAAUUUCAUCUGUCUGCAAGUGAACAAUAUCGUUAUGCAGCUGCAUUGAAUGCAUCGGCAUUGUUAUUAUAUCCAGAUCCACAACAUUAUAAUCCUCGACAAUCAAAACCAUUUCCCGAUUCAUUAUGGUUACCAUCGGAUGGCAUAAGAAAUGAUGGUAUAUUCUGGAAUGGUGCCGGUGAUCCAGAAACAUUUGGUUUGCCAUCAAAUUCAUAUGCCUAUCGUAAUAGAUUCCAUCCAGAACGACAGCUAACAAUACCUGCACAACCAAUCAGUUAUGAGAUGGCUGAAAAAAUUUUCAAUCAUAUGGAUGGAAUGAUUGCACCAAAUGAUUGGAAAGGUGGCCUUAAUCUUACCUAUCGUAUUGGACCUAAAUUAAAGGAUAAUCUUAAAGUUCGUAUAUCGGUCAAUAAUCGACUAGUCAGAAAAACUAUUUAUAAUGUAAUCGGUACAAUACGUGGAUAUGAUGAACCGGAUCGUUAUGUUAUUAUUGGUAAUCAACGUGAUUCAAUGACAAUGGGUGCUAUUGAUUCGGCAAGCGGUACAGGUACAUUCAUGGAAAUGGCACGUGUAUUCGGUGAUAUGGUUGCAAAUGGUGGUGGUUGGCGACCACGGCGAACAUUAAUGUUUUGUAGCUGGGGUGGUGAAGAAUUCAAUCUGAUUGGUUCAACAGAAUUUGUUGAAGAUUUAUAUAAAAUAUUAUAUAUGCGUGCUGUGGCCUAUAUUAAUGUUAAUCUAGUCGUUAAUGGCAAUGAUACGCUUAGUGUAGCUGCAUCACCAUUACUUUAUCAUUCAAUUUUCAAUGCUACAAAAGAUGUAUUCCUACCACAACAAGAUGAUUUCAAUUCAAUCUAUGAUAAAUGGAUUGUAUCGAUGCCUAAAAUGCGUAAUAAAUCAACAUUAAUAUUUCAAUCAAACAUUUUUAAUCAUAUGAAAAUGUUUGAUAUUGAAAAUCCGACAGAUAUUAGUGAAAAAGAAAUACUGGGCAAUAAAAAUUAUCGACAAUUUCAUCGUCAAGAAACAGCCGAUCCGGGAUCAAUUCUAAAAACAUAUUUAGAAUCAGCAUUUCAAGAAGUAAGACCACAUGUACGACCAUUAGAUAUGUAUGGAUCAUAUGCACCAUUCUAUACAAUGGCCGGUAUACCUGUUGCCGAUAUUAGUUUCAUCAAUAUUGAUGAUGAAAUGAAUGUAAAUGAUGAUAAUAAUGAAGAUGUCGAACGUAUUACAAUGAAUCAUAUUCCUUAUCCAUUAUUACAUAGCCAAUAUGAUCGUAUUGAAGCAUUGGAAAAUUUUAUUGAUCCUGAUUAUCGUUAUCAUGUAACCAUAGCACAAAUAUUGGUACAUCUAGUCGAAAACCUUUCCAAUUCAUCAUUCAUACCGUUCAAUCUAUUUGAUUAUGCUCAAAUAUUGAAAGAUUUUUAUGUAAAAACUUUACAUAUGUAUAAUGUAAUCAUGAUGGGACGUCGUCAGCAACAACAACAACAACAACAAUCAAUGUCUAUGUCUAAAAAUAAUGGAAAUAUCGUUGAAUCAAUAAUUGAAAAUGGUGAAAUAAUCAAUUUAAAUUCGUCGUCAUCGUUAAUGAUGAUUGAUUCAAAUGAAUUUAUUGACAUGAUGGAUCUAGAUCUAAAAUCACUUGAAUCAGCAAUCAAAAAUUUUAGCCAAGAAGCGAUCAAAUUCCAUGGUAGACAGGAUAAAAUCGAUUUGAAUAAUCCAUUAAUGGUACGACAGUUGAAUGAUAAAUUAUUAUUGAUUGAACGACAAUUUCUUGAUCAUCGUGGCCUGCCAUCGAAUAAUCUUAAAAGACAUUUAAUACUAUCACCAUCUGAAAUGAUUAAUACAAUAAUGCCUAAACAUCAUUAUGAUGGUAAUGAUGGUGGCUUUUUUCCAGCAAUUAUUGAUGAAUUAGAUCAAUUAAUGGGCACAAUGUUCAAUAAUAUUGAUGAUGGUGAUGAUGAUGAUGAUGAUGAUGAUGAUUUAAAACAUUCAUUAAUAAGGCUACAGAAACAUUUACCCAUAUUGAUACAUACAAUACAAUCGGCAGCCAAUUCAUUAUCAAUCGAACCAUUUUCAUCAUAACGUUUUAUUCGACAUUUGAAUUCAUCAUCCUUAUUAUGAA